GCUUGGCGUUCCAUAGAAAUUACCGGCCGCUCAACUUGUCGGCGGCUCAACCGGUCAUAUCCCCUUUCACGCCAAGGACUCUACUACUAGGCCUAGUACUGAAAUUGGUACGUGUCGGCCUGGCUAUUUCAUUGUUAUGAUUGUUUCUCCCAUGGAGUGGAGGAAAGUAAUUUAUGCUUCUCCCAUUGCAAAGUCUUUUGCAGUGACAAACACCCGGCCGAUAAUGCAUUCCUGGCCUUAGGCGAUACACACAGCGUGAUCAUUUUCGGCCUACGUUUGGACCUAAAAUACAAGACUGAUUUAUUAGAUUUAAAUAUUCUGGAUUAUUGUGUGGGGUAUUAGAUCAUACAAUAGAUGUUCUAAUACAUCAAAUAAAAGGGUCAGAAUUCUUGGAAUUGAAUAGCCUUUUUUCAUGAAUCGGUAGGCAUCAUGAAGUGAUGACCAACAUUGCGAAUCAGCGGUGUAGUGCGUAACCAACACAAAUAAGAUAAGCUUUUGGGCUGAUUUUCUGACAUCAUGUUAUUUAAAAAAUCAUAACUCCAUAACGGGGCAUCGUAUCCAAAAUUUUUUCCGAUGUUAAGGGCCGAGUUGGUGUAUGGGCCCCAUCUACGCAGCUGCUUUCUGUAUGUACAGCAAAAAUGUCUUCAAAACCUGCUCAUGUUUUCCUCUGGACUAUUCCAAGAUCGGCUUCGACUGCCUUCACAAGAAGUAUGGAGGGUAUUCCAAAUGUAGCUAUCUAUCUUGAACCCUAUGGAUCUGCUGAGCAUUUUGGACCAGAAGGACGUCUCAUCCCGCAGAAUACGCCGCCGACGGAAACUGAAUAUACAUUCGACAAGGUUAAGCUUAUGCUUGAAGGUGAUGCACUAACUAACAAAUAUGUCUUCGUGAAAGACAUGGCUUACGGUGUACAUGGACGAUAUGACAAAAUUGCAAAAGGCUUUAAACAUUCUUUUCUUAUACGUCAUCCAGCAAAAACAUUUUCAUCUUAUUACAAAAUGAUGAAGAACGGUACAGGUGCUAAUGAUGUUGACUCUGAUUUUACAAACUGGCUCCCGGAAGGUCUCGCAUAUAAAGAGCUUUCGGAUCUGUAUAUUCAUAUUGAGAAAUUGGAGGGUCAAAAACCUGUUGUUGUAAAUGCAGAUGAUUUAGUUGAAAAUCCUAAAGAAGUUUUGAUGAAAUAUUGCGACGCUGUUGGCUUGCCAUACAGCGAUGAACUCCUUAGUUGGGACCGUAAACCCAAAGUGAAGUGGAAUAUGGCACAGGCAAUAUCGGACUUAGAUCCAAUAUUUAAUUGGUUUUCAAAUAGUUUAACUGCCGGGGGUUUUAAGAAAUCUCUUUCUAAACCUCUUCCUGUUCUCAAAGACCUGCCAAAAACAGUGCAGGAAUGUGUAGAGAAAUCCAUGCCUUACUACGAUAAACUGAACUCUUUUUGUAUUCGACCGUGAAUUUAAAACUAUAGCAUUCAAAUCUCAAACUAUUUAACUUCUUUAAUGUAAUUAAACAAAGUUUUGGAAACUCGGCAAAGAUCUUUAACAGGUCCAAAUUUUCUUUGGAAUUAUCUGAUUUUUUAGAAGAAAAUUGAGUUAGGCAGAAACGCUAAGGGCAAAUGUCAAAAUUACUGUAUUUGAAAUUGUUUAUUUUUACUAUACUUUUUAUCUUAAUAACAAUUCUUUUCAGAGAACAUUAUGGUAUUGAAGUGAAUCAUUUCUAAUAGUCCUCAAUUAUUUUAUGUUUGUACAUAUCAAUAAAAUCAUUACUGAUCCAUCUGAACU